AUGUCUCCAGAUUCACAAGACCUCGAAGCCAUCGCCCGGAUGCAGGAACGCCAGGCCCAAUGGGGCUAUCCAACAGGCUCCCUCUCCCCCGCCGAAUCACCCCAAUCCUACAGCUCCAUCCCCCUCUCCCACUCGCACUCUCAAUCCCAAGGCGGCUCCCCACAUCUUUUCAAUUUUAUGCCGCACCAAGGACCCGCUGGCGUUGGGCUCAGCGCCGGGGGCCGGAUAGGGGCGAAUGCGAAUACGGGGUUCAUGGGGAGUAGUGUCAACCCGAGUGGGUUUGGAGUGUCGGGGGGGAUGCACCCUGGGAGUCAUCCGUUUGGGGGCAGGCCGCCGACUAUUGCGUCUGUUGAUCAGUCGAUGUUGCCGGCUAUCUUUGAGAACCAUUCCGGACGGGGAAGACCGAAGAGCAAGCUGCAGAAAGCAAAGCCGCAAGGGCUGGGGUCGGAGAGAAAGUCUAGAAAGAAGGUGGCCAAGGCUUGUUUGGCGUGUCAGAAGAGUCACUUGACUUGUGAUGAACAACGACCGUGUACGAGGUGUAUCAAGAAGGGCAUGGCAGACAAGUGUGUCGAGGGUGUACGAAAGAAGGCCAAGUAUCUUAUGGAAGGAGAUGAGCGAGUAUCCAACCGCCCGUCCCAAGCUUCAAGUAUGCACUCUACUCCUCAAUCAACCACUGUUUCCCUUCCCGCCAUUCCUCAACUCUCCAACACUGUGCACGAUGCUCCUACACGUAUCCCCGACGACGUCUGGCUUGCCAACGCUGUUGGCCGAGAUCAACAACCGAUCAAUAUACCGACUGCUCUCAAUAUCACUCAGCCUGAUAUCUGGGCUGGUACAGAUCUCGGUCCGAGCUCGUUCCCUUCGUCUGGCGGAAUCAACGGUACUGCCGCGAACAAUGAGUAUCAAAUGCUGGACGCCAUGUUUGCUUCCCUCUCCCCCGUCUACCCUGGGCUAAACGACCCCCUGGACGAAGCCGGCCGACAACUCCUCUCCGGCUCCAACUCUCUAACCAACUCCAACCCUCUCGACCUCGCCAACACGCCCCUCCCCCAACCCAACCCUACCCUCUCACAGAAUACGUACGACCAACCAUGGCUGCACCCUUCCCCCCAAUCACAGCAAAGCCAAGGUACUUACCAAACGCCCCCAGGCUCGUCUAUUCAUGGCAUUUCGCCGGAAUUCGGCGGGACGGGGACGGGGAGUGGGCUGUCGCCGGGGACGUGGGGGAGUUGGUCCGACUCGGGGCCGGCGGGACAGAUUAUGCUGGAUGGGAGCAGUGUGGGGGGCGGGAGUGGGGUUGAUUUGGGGCAAGUGAGGGGGCCGGGGGCGGUGGAGAAUCGGUUGGGGCAGGGGAUGGGGAUGGGGCCGAGGACGGCUUCGGAGAUCUACAGGAAUGUCAUUAAGCCUUUUGAUUAUACGCAGGGGUAUCAUGUUUUGAUGGAUUAUCUCGCCAAACACUUUGAAACACCCGACGUUCUUCGAGUCGUCCAAUCUCUCGCCUCCUUCCGUCCCUCCCUCAUCGCCCUCCAAAUGCCAAUGUCCGAAGAAGACGAAGUCUUCCUCGAACGUUCCUUCCAACGCACCCUCCUCGAGCUUGAAAAGCUCAUCUCGUACUCUGCGACCCCGACGGCAGUGUGGAGGCGGACGGGCGAGAUUUGUUAUGCGAACCCCGAGUUUGCGGGCUUGGUCAAGAGGUCGGAGGGAGAGUUGGUGGGGAAGGGCAAGUUUAUCUAUGAGUUGUUUGAUAAGCCUUCGGUUGUGUCGUACUGGGAAAACUUUUCAGUCCACGCAUUCGAAAACACGACGCAAAACUUUUUCCAGCCCAUCUCCCUAUCCACCUCUCCUGAUGCCUCGUUCAAUUCAAAUCCCAACUACAACCAGAAUCAGGAAGCGGGCGGGAUGGGGAUGGGGAUGGGAGCGGGAGGAGCGGGGUUGUUGGGGUGUACGUGUUGUUUGACGAUAAGGAGGGAUGUGUUUGAUUUGCCGUCGGUGGUGAUUGGGCAGUUUUUGCCGGUGCCCAAGUAA